GACGGCGAAGGGGAGGGAGGAAAGUACAGCUCGCGCGACCAGCCUCCUCUUCCAACGUCACAUUGUGCAAGAGACAAAACCCGGGCGCGCUGGAGCUCACACGCGCACGCACGGCAGACGCCCCGGUCGCCUCCUCUCUGUUCUCUGCGCGGUAGAGAAAGCCGGCCCUGCUUUGCUUUGCUGAGGACGCGGAGCUCAGCCGGCCGCUCCCAGCGCAGCUCAGAGCCAGCCAGGAGGUGAAGCCAGCCGAGGGACCACCUUCAAUCUCCGCUGCUUGGCCAGCCUGAGACGUCCGUCCCGUUCUACCCCAUCCCCCGCCCAGAACUCUGAUCUCUUCCCACCCCACCCCUUGGGGUUUCACGCGGACAGAGCCCCGGGGGAGCCCAGGGCGUGUCGACGGGUUUGGAAUCCACAUUUCAGCACUUCGGACAGCGCCCGGUCUCCCGGACUCCUUGGGCUUUUCAGGAUGGCGAGCCUGCAGCAGGGCGAGAAACAGCUGUUUGAGAAGUUCUGGAAAGGGACCUUCAAAGCGGUGGCCACUCCACGUCCCGAGAGCAUCAUCGUUGCCAGUAUCACAGCCCGAAAGCCACUGCCAAGGACAGAGCCCCAAAGCAGUCUCUUGCUCCCAGCCCAGGAUGGACCUUCAGAGAAGCUGGGCCAACAUCUGGCCACUGAGACCUUUGGUACCAACAGCUGGGGAAGAGAUAAGACCUGCCGGGAGCUGGGUCCUGCCAGAGCACACAGUGCCUCUCAAGACAGGGACCUGACACCACCACCUUCCUCCAGGGGGAAAAAGAAAAAGAAGAAAUCGACCAGGAAGAAGAGAAGGAGGUCCCCAUCCUACAGCCCAUCGCCAGUCAAGAAGAAGAAGAAGAAAAACUCCAAGAAGCAUAAGAGACACAGGUCUUUUUCCAAGAAGAGGAGACACAGCUCCUGUAGCCCUAAAAGCAAAAGACGGGAAGAGAAGAAGCACAAAAAACAAUCUCGAAGCCGAAAGUCUCACCGCCGUAGACACCACCGCUGCCCCUCGAGGUCUCAGAGCUCAGAACUGCGCUCCUCCAGCUGCGAGAGCAGGCACCGAGGUCGGUCUCCUGAGGAAGGGCGGAAAUCCCGCCGAACACACUCACGCCACUGCUCUAAGAACCACUGCAAGGUCAGCCCAGAGGCCCGGUCCAGCCACCUGCCCAGCCAGCCCCUCCAGAGGCUUGGCUUCCUGUCAGCCAGGGGUGUAAUCUCUGGGUCGGGGUCUGCGGCUGACCUCUUUAGCAAAUCAGCCAGCCCGCUCACCGCCUCCCGAGGGCGCUCCCAGGAGUACGACUCAGGCAAUGACACGUCCUCGCCGCCCUCCACGCAAACCAGCUCAGCCAGGUCCCGGGGCCAGGAGAAGGGCAGCCCCGGUGGGGGUCUGAGCAAGAGUCGGGACCUCAACUGUGGCAACACUUCCGAUUCAGGGAACUCCUUCACCACCUCCUCCCCGCAGAACAAGGGGACUGUUUUGGAGAACAUCUCUCCUACCUGCAGAAGCAGUGAGUCAAGAGGAUUUCAGUCUCCAUGUCUACAGUGUGCUGAGGUGAAGAAGUCUGGUUUGGUUCCAUCCACAGCCCGGAGCUCCCCCAUCAAAGAGUGCUCCCGUAGCUCCUCCUACACCAGCACUCGAUCCUCCAGUCCCUCUUCCCGGUCCCCAAAUCACAGAGCCUCCCCCAGGUAUACCCGGAGCCGGUCCACUUCCUCUGAAAAAAGGUCCUACUCUCGCUCUCCCAGCUGUUCCUCCAAGUCUGGCAAGAGGAGCCCGCCCAGCAGAAGCUCUAGGUCGCGUCGUAGUCCCAGCUAUUCCCGCUACAGCCCCACCAGGGACCCCAAGUAUGGUGAGAAGGAAUUGCAGCCCCGAGAGCGUGCACGCAGGAGGCGAAGGUCCUACUCACCCAUGAGGAAACGCCGGAGAGACUCCCCAAGCCACCUGGAGGCUCGAAGGAUAACCAGUGCCCGCAAACGCCCCAUCCCUUACUACCGACCCAGCCCCUCCUCAUCCAGCAGCCUCAGCAGCGCCUCCUCCUGGUACAGCAGCAGCAGCAGCCGCUCGGCCAGCCGCAGUUACUCCCGGAGCCGGAGUCCCAGCCGGAGCCGCAGCAGGAGCCAGACCCGGAGCAGGACGCGGACCAGCCGCAGCAGCUCCAGCUCCCGCAGCCUCAGCGUGGGCUCCCGGAGCCGCAGUCGGAGUCGGAGCCUGAGCUACAGCUCGGCAGAGAGCUAUGCCAGCACGAGGCGCUAAGCAAGGGCCCUCCCUCGAGCCAGCUGCCCACCGGGAAGACCCCUCCGUAUUCUGCCAGUCUCCUUUACUACCUGCCUUUACACGCCCGCUCCCUGGUGACAGAUACCGAGGGCUCCUGACUCCUGUCCUCUGUGCUUUCCUGGGAAGGUGGGACGGGAUACAGGGACUUCUAUUCCUUUGCCAAGCUGCUCGGAGCCUCUAACCAGCACCACCCUGAGGGUCAUCUACCAGCACCACCCUGAGGGUCAUCUGGGCGGACGGAGAGGGCCACCUGUGGAAAGCUAUGAUCGAUGACUCAAAAGUUUGGGGCUGGUCAAGCAAGACAUGUGGCGAUAUAUCUCUGUUCCACUCACCCGCUGCUCACAGGAUACCUGCUGGAGGCCAGGGUCAAUCCGUCCCCCCUGCCCUCCUUCAAUCUCAUAGUUGCACAUUUUGGACCCCAGUGUCAGGAAGAGAGGAGAUCAAGGGUGAAGUCCAAGAGCUCAGAGCUUUUUACCUCCGUCCCAACAUGGGCAAAGGCUGGGAGCUCUUGGGUCCCGCUGGGAGAAAGCAGACAUGAGCAGAGGAAGUGGGUGUUAGUGUUGGUGGUAGAUAUCAGGGAAGAUUGGAGAUGGGCUCUCUAGUUAUAGCAGCAAAGGGUCAGGUUAUUCGCCCUCGUAGCAUGUCAGCAUGGUCAGGGAAGGGAUUCCAGCAGGUUCCAGCCCUGUGGAGACCCUUACGCAGGGCCUCGUGACCCCAUGGGGAUAAGGAGACAGUGGAACCGUCAGCAUACUUUGGGCUACAGCCCUACUUCCCAAAUUUGCCUCAUCCCCGGUAGCUGGCACCAACUUGAUUCCACGGGACCAUCUGCUGAGCAUUCCCAGCGCUGUGGCUAGCAGCCAGUCCCCAGCGCCAGCCAGUCUGCCCCUGACCUCCAGUUGGCGCCUGCCAGCCCCCUCCACAUUGUCCAGACUGCCACACCCUUGAUUCUACCCAGGGCAGGCUGGCACCUGCCAUCUCACAUGAAGACCACUCUCUUUGCCUCUCAGGAAUUUUGCCAGGAUGGGACAUUGCGUUUAGCUCAGUGUUGUGGGCAAAGACCCAAAUACAGAGAGCCAGUGACAGAGGGACUUGAGUGGUCCCUGGCUUUGGGCUCCUGCAAGCUUCUGAGUUUGCUGCCAGCUUAGGAAAGUCCAGUGGUUGUUGCUGCCCUCAUUCCACCUUCUUCCUGCCUGCCCAGGGCUGGGCAGCAAGGGUAAGCUGCCCUCUGACACACAAAUGCCAUCAGCUGCUUUGGCUGCAGAAGACAUUGGGAACAGGCAGGCGAAAGAGAGAGAAACAGUCCUUAAAAUAAACCCUCGGGCAUCCCCCUCACCACCUGCCUGGCUUUCCAGAGCCUUGUGGGUGUCAAGUUUGUGGUGACAACAGCUGAGCAGGCCAGGGCGCACCGAGAAAGAGGUUCUUUCCCAGCUUUGGACACUGAAGCGUCAUGGAUGCAAGGACACAACAUUAUUUAUCCCUCUUGCUCCAAGGUAAACAUUUGAGGAGGAAAAAAUCCUCACCUUAAAAGCAAUGACCUCUCCAUGCCAAUCUUUCCCAACCUAUCAGCCUGGGGGUCCCUGUGAGCGCCAGGGAAGUCUGUCAUCUAGUAGGCAAGGAGGAACAUCAGUGGCCACACUGGCCUUCCCACCAUGGCUUCUUGCCCAGACCAAAACUCCGCCCCCUAAGACUCAAGGAUGCCUAUGCUGACACCACAAGAGGCCGGAUGGCAGGUGCCUGGCACAGGAGUAGGUGCCCCAAGAGGGCAUGUACAGCAACUGUAAAUAACCCCCACCCCUGCCCAGGUUGCCAACUCCUCCUCAUUGCCCUCAUGGAGACAAAGGCUUCCAGGAGCCACCAAACCUCCUCAGCAGGACAGCUUGUGAAGGCAUAAGAGCCUCUCCCGAAGACACAGACUAUUUCCAUUCAAACCACUCUAGGGGACCAUCUUGCCUGGGGCUCCUAGCAAACUUUUUAUUUAUUCGAUUUAUUUAUUUUUAUUUAUUUAUUAUUUAUGUGAUGAGCUCUCUUUCUCACCAUUAUCAGUAUUUAAUUAUUUAUUUAUUUAUUCAGAGAGAUUGUGCGUCAUGGUAGGUGAUCAUGUGUGGUCUUCUAAAUUAUUUGUGCUUUUUUUUUUUUUUUUU